UCCUACUUUUGCGACUUGCUCCGGCGAGAUCGUCAGUCUCCUCUUCCUCAUCUUCUACCAGGCUGCUUCGGCGGUUUGUCACUCUCCCUACUCUUUUUAAGCAGGCUGCUUCGGCGGGCUGUCACUCCCAUAAAUAUGCCUGAUAUGCAGGAUCUCGUGCCUUUCGGAGAAAACGCAGGAUAUCGACAUCGCCGCUUCAACAAGACAACGGCCAAGCAGCUCAAGAAGCAGGACGAAGGACAUCCCGACACGUUGGAAGAAAUUCCCGGCGAAACAGUCAAAUUUCUAGAUGAGACAUCUGCCUGGGAAUACUACAACCGCGGUGUAAACGUCAAGCCCGCUGAAUCCCAUAAGCAGGAAGAGUACGUCAAGGUCAUCUCCGCAGCGAACUACCUCCUGAAGCACGAUGUUUCUGACGCUGUGAUCGGCCAACUCUGGAAAGAACUCAAGUGGCCUGGUAAGAUAUUCGAUCUCGAGCAGCGCAAGAUCAAGGCACAGACAUCCCGCUGGCAAAGCCACAUUCUUGCUGAGCAGGUUUAUUCCAUUGCGCAACGCCUGGUGAGCAAAUGCAACUCCGAGGAGCCGCCUAGGAAUAUUUUUACGAUGGAGGCACGGGAGCGAAAGGAUGUCAUCCUGAACGUGUGGGAUGCGCAAGUCUGCCAGAAUAUGUAUCGUCCGCUUAGGAAAUACAUCGACUUCGCGAAUAUAUUCGCGCGAAAGCGAGAGGAUAGGGUGAAGGCGCUAUACAUGUGGCUCAAGUUCGGCUUCUAUAAGGCUGUCGAGGACUGUCUUAUGAUCCGCAUAUUGAAGUCCAAAGAUGGUUUCAAGAACCAGACGCGGUACGCAGGAGAGAGCUACGAUCAGUGGAAGCGCAUGUGGUACCGCGAAGGCAUGCCCCCUCGUCCAAGAAUCCAAGAUAUCCCCGUUAGAAUUAUGGCAACCGCAAAUGACAUUCGAACUAAAAUGCCGCCCCCGUCCGCCGAUUUGGUUCCAUGGGAUCCCGACUCUGACAACGAGAUGGCCCACCGACGAGGGAAUAAGGUCAAGCGCGACGCCCAAGAGAACAACAACGACAACGACGAUGACGCCGACUCCAACGCAGUGGUAAUAGCUAGACAGGCUCGAAAACAAGCCAAGAAGGAAUUGAAGUGGCUGAAAGCCGGAUUCAAAAGGGGCAUGGCAAGCGAGGAGGAGCUUGAACGCCGUCGCAUUGCGUACAAAAAUGCCAAAAAAGAGGCAAGGAGAUUGAAGAAGGCGGCUCAUCGACAGAGUGGAGCAUGA